AUGAACACAUCGGACUACAGGAGUAAGCUGAAUGAUUUGGUCAAUCAAGACACAUAUAGGAAAUUAUCGGAAGAUCUAACAGAGAAGAUUUUAAGAAAAAUCACCAAAUUAGUAAAACAGUCGUCUCUACCACCAGAGACAAAGAAGAACAUCUGCACUACUGAAGCUUUACCAACAAGACUAUAUGGAUUACCAAAAAUUCACAAAGAUAAUGUACCAAUAUUAAGUGCCAUAGAAUCACCAACUACAACCAGGACAAACAUCUGGCGGAAAUUCUGUAAACAUAUGUGGGCAAGACAUAAACCUACGUUCGAAACUCUACGCACUUCAUCGAAUUCUUAA